AUGGCUUCCAACCAGCCAACUCUUCUUGAGUACGCUAGAUUCUAUAAUGUCGCAGAGGAGUCCACUCGAUAUUGUCCAACCAACUAUGCAGACAACACAUGUGAGCCAACAACUCCCAUUCCCCCUCUUGAGGGUCUCGACCCCGAACAUCCAGAAGAACGCCUCAAAGAAAUCGACCGACGCUUUUGCACUGAGCUCGUGAUGGAGAAGCUCCCGACUAAACCUGAGGAUAUGGAGAUGUUAGGCAGCUGUCUCCAGCUGGAGCCCGUCAACGGAAACAUCUGGCGUGGCAUCCUGCCUCAAGUGUCAACAUCUGACGUUAAAGGCGAGCCUCUUCUCCUCACAACCGUGGAUGAGAGAAUGGUCACUUCGUCCGAGUUUCGCACCACCUUCGCUCAGAGUCCGGCUCCAUCUUCGCCUAACCCUUCAGUUCGUCUGGUUGUUCCUAGUGGCCCUGAUGUUCCUGUCGUUCCUAUGAACACGCGGGAUGUCUUUGAUCACUACAAUUCGGGGAUGUCCCAGUCAAACAGUGUUGAAGGCUUUACUGCGCCUGAAACUGUAGCUGCCCAGUCCUCGAAUAUUCCGACGACAUCCCAUCUUGCAGGAGAUGCUGUACCCUUCAUCGCGGGGCCAUCAGGAAACGUGCAUCAGUUUAUCAGUAUUGAGACUGAUCAUGCUCCCUCUAUUCAAGACCAGGAAAACGAGGGUUAUGCGUCAAGUGUACAGAGCUCUGAGCAUCCCACCGAAAGCGAAUUCAGUGCAGUUGCUUUUGAUAACACUUCCUCCGUACCUUCAUUUGAAGUCAGUCCAUACAGAAAAGCGCAACCCACCCCCACUACUGUUUCCCCCAAUCUGACAAAAGAAAAAGGAUUCUCCGUUGGCAGGGUUGACAGCCAGAAAGCGCAAGCACCCAGGGAUUUGAAGGAAAAGAAAGAAAUGAAGGCUUUUUUGAAGCCUGUGGCGGAUACAAGAAUACCUUGUGCACCGAAGGGAAUCGCGGCUGCUUCUUUCAGUGCACUUCAUGAAGGAACACAUGUGAUAAAGGGUGCCUGCUCGAGUUCCUCAAUAACUCAGCCACCGAACGAUCAGGAUAUCACUCAGCUAGCCCGAGAUUCACAGAACGCAAAUGAUAACCAUGUUUUCUUCCACACUCUGUACGAGCAAAACCUCAAUUCUAUGGCAACACAGACUUCCUCAUCCGUGGACAAGAGAACCUUUUGCAUCUCUCGGGAGGAGCUCUUUCGUAUGAAACUGGGCUACAAGUUGCAUUCCACAGGGUUAAGAAAAAGCGCCUUCAAGCCUCCACAUGCUGUUUCUUCCGUAGAUUAUGCAAAGACCCCGAAAUCAUCUAAAACAGUGUUUGGUGGCCUCGGAUCUCUCGCCCUAUUUAUGGAAACCAGAGGCAGUGAUGGAGAAUAUGUUACCUCGUCGCAUAAUCUAUCAUCCCUUUCCCUGUCAACAUCCACAAGAAGUGGACAAGACCAGUCCUCAAGUGUCCCAUCAUUCGUGGGGGAUGGUUCUCCAGACCCCGUUAAGACACCACCGGAACCCUCUCACUCGCCGAGCCCUACCUUCGAAAUACAGGAAAUGGUGACCCAAUCGGCAUUCGACCCGCCACCGAUGUUCUUUUUGUCUACUGCCCUCCUAACAACCAACCUAUCAGUCGUACGAGAUAUGGAGAGGUGGCCAGAGAAUCCACCCAAAUUGACGUACAGAGACUAUGGGGACGCAUACUCGGAUUCUCGAUACCACUACGAUGCAGAAAUCACUCCGGCACCUGAUAGUGGGAUUAUUCUGACAACCCCCCAUGAGCUGACCCAGCGAUAUCUUCCAGGGCAUGGUCCAAGGGAUGCAAGGCUUGAUGGAAUCGAGGGACUUAACUCCCCGCUCAGGGAAAAGAUUUUCUGCCUCAUGCAUCGAUAUAGGGCUCUGGUUGUUCUCAUCUGCAAACCCGAAAGCGCAGACCUCAGCAAAGUUUCGAAUUCCCCCUUGAGAAGGGAAAUUCCCUCACUCGCUCGAUUUUGUGAUGCCUACAGGGAAUGGUCCACAACAUUACUGAUACCGAUUCCGAACGACUCGGCAUCCAUUGUAUUGUGGUGUUUCGGUAUGGGUAGACUUCGAUACGAAUUGUUUCCCCCUGGAAGUAUCGAAAACAUCACAGAAGAGGAGUCAGACUAUGAAGUCGCACUCGGCGAUGUGGGAAUUAAUCCUUUCGGGGCGCGCUUUAUCUUGGAUAACGUUCGCGUUGGUGGUUUCCAGCAAUAUCCUGGCUCCAAUCCAGACCCACCCCCCCUCCCCAUUCAUGAGACAGUUCCCAGCGCCAGCACAGAUUCAAGGGCUUUCGAUGUGUUUAUUAAUAUGGGCCCCCUGGAGCGGGUUAUGCAAUACGGGCCCCAUCUUGGUAACAAGCAGAUGCGCAAGGUGUCGGAAGCGAUCGAAUCAAUGUCGCACUCGAGCUCCGAUGAGAAUGAGACUAACAGUGAGGAUAUCUACGGUACUCAGAUCAGCCUUGAUUAUCUGGGGGAUAUGGGCUUUCAUCAUUAG